GGUAAAAGAAAUGUUGGAUGGUGGGUUGAUUCGACCAAGCCGUAGUCCGUACUCAAGCCCGGUUCUAUUGGUUAAAAAGAAGGAUAACUCAUGGCGUUUCUGCGUUGAUUACAGGGCACUGAACCGAGCUACGAUACCGGACAAGUACCCUAUUCCUAUGAUAGAUCAACUUCUGGAUGAGUUGCACGGUGCGAAGCUGUUUUCGAAGUUGGAUUUAAGAUCUGGCUAUCACCAAAUCAGGAUGGAAGAGAAGGACAUCGAAAAGACAGCUUUUCGAACUCACGACAGUCACUAUGAGUUUCUAGUGAUGCCAUUUGGGCUAACUAAUGCACCGGCAACAUUCCAAGCUCUGAUGAAUGAGGUGUUUAAGGAGUUUCUGCGUAAAUUUGUGUUAAUAUUUUUCGAUGAUAUUCUCAUCUAUAGUUCGAAUAUCUCGGAACAUAGCAAACACUUGGAAAUGGUUUUGCAAGUCUUUGAGGAUCAGCACUUAUUUGCUAACAAAAAGAAGUGUUCCUUUGGGGAAGAAUCAGUAGAGUAUCUCGGCCAUAUUAUAUCAUCGAAAGGAGUAGCAACAGAUCCUCAAAAGAUUGCUGCAGUGGAAAAAUGGCCGACACCAAGAACAGUAAAGGAACUUAGAGGAUUUCUGGGUUUGACAGGCUAUUACAGACGAUUUGUACACCACUAUGGAUUGUUAGCAAAACCUCUAACGGAACUCCUAAAAAAAGAUCAGUUCGAGUGGUCCAGUGAUGCACAGAAUGCUUUUGAUAACCUGAAACAAGCAAUGAUCUCUACUCCAGUGCUCGCAUUACCAGAUUUUACUCAAGUCUUUGUGGUAGAAUCCGAUGCUUCAGGGUAUGGGUUGGGCGCAGUGUUGAUGCAAGGGAAGCACCCAAUUGCUUACUUCAGUCAUGGCCUAUCUGAGAGAGAACAGCUCAAACCUAUCUAUGAAAGAGAGUCAAUGGCCAUAGUUUUGGCGAUUCAAAAGUGGAGGCACUAUUUGAUGGGCAGAAGAUUUGUGGUAAAGACUGAUCAACAGAGUCUUAAGUACCUAUUGGAGCAGAGGGAGGUUACUUUAGACUACCAACGAUGGCUUACAAGGAUUAUGGGAUAUGACUUUGACAUUGAAUAUAAAGUGGGGAGUGAGAACAAGGUGGCUGAUGGGUUAUCUAGAAUAAUUCCAUCCACAACAACAUUGUUAUAUUCCAUAACGAUUCCUUCAAGCCUACAGCUUCAGGAUUUGUUAAAAGAGAUAGACGAAGAUGAAGAGAUACAAGAGUUAAUUCGUAAGCUGACAGUGGGUGAAUCAGUUAAGGCAGGAUACUCUAUUAAUGAUGGAAGGUUAUUUUACAACAGGAAACUGGUUUUACCGCAACAAUCACGUCAUAUUCCUAUGCUGUUAAAGGAGUACCAUGACAGUGUAUUGGGUGGUCACGGAGGAGUUUUAAAAACAUUGAUGCAUCUUCGGUCUAUGUUCUAUUGGAGGAAAAUGAAAGCAACUAUACAGAAGUAUGUGUCGGAAUGCUCAGUUUGUCAGGCCAAUAAAUAUUCAACACUCUCACCGGCGGGAUUACUCCAACCAAUCGAACCUCCAAAACAGAUAUGGGAAGAUCUCUCCAUGGAUUUCAUUGAAGGACUUCCGAAAUCACAUAGCAUCAAUGUCAUCCUGGUAGUAGUUGAUCGGCUGAGCAAGUAUAGUCACUUCAUUGGUCUUAAGCACCCCUUUACUGCUUUCGACGUGGCUCAAAAAUUUGUUCAGGAAAUCAUUCGACUUCAUGGGUACCCUCGUUCUAUAAUCUCCGAUUGUGACAAAAUCUUUCUCAGCAACUUCUGGAAAGAGUGCUUUAAAGCAUCUGGAACCAAGCUUCGGUUUAGCACGGCAUUCCAUCCUCAGUCGGACGGUCAAACUGAGGUGUUAAACAGAUGUCUUGAGACCUAUCUUCGUUGCUUUGCUUCGCAACAACCUAAGUCGUGGGCAAAAUAUCUGGCUUGGGCAGAAUUGUGGUACAAUACAUCAUUCCACACGUCCACGCAGUGUACUCCAUUUCAGCUCGUUUAUGGAAGAGAACCUCCAGCAUUAUUGUCAUAUGAAGAAGGGUCAACAAGUAACUUUGAAUUAGAGACAAUGCUGAAGGAACGUGAUGCGAUGUUGUCAAUGGUUAAGCAGAAUCUAUUAAGGGCACAGAGCAUUAUGAAAAAUAACGCAGAUAAGCACCGGAGGGAUCUUGAAUUUGAAGUCGGUGCAAAAGUGUUCCUUAAGCUUAGACCAUAUCGCCAACAAUCCGUAAGUAAAAGACUCUGUCAGAAGUUAGCUGCUCGAUAUUAUGGCCCUUUUGAAGUGUUGGAGAGAAUUGGGAAAGUGGCAUACAGGCUUAAACUUCCGGCUGAGUCUAAAAUCCACCCGGUGUUUCACAUUUCACAAUUAAAACCGGUGAUCGGAGAAGGUUCCAUAGUGACCCCUUUACCAACAGAAGUAACAACUAAUGAGGAGUUGGUUAUCGAACCAGAAGAUCUGUUGCAGUCACGUUAUGGAACAGAGGGUCAUUUGGAGGUGUUAGUGAAGUGGAAGGGCCUUCCGGAACAUGAGAACUCGUGGUUAAAGAUAAGAGACUUCAAGCAUCAGUUUCCAUUAUUUCCACUUGAGGACAAGCUGGUUCUGAAACGCGGGGGUAUUGAUAUACCAUGGAGAGCAUACUACCGGAGUAGUCAAAUUAGUGGGUUUUAUCGAGAGUUUGUUAGAGAAGUCUGGGCUUGUUCUCUGAUUUGUGGAGUUCAAGAGGAAUUUGCCUUUCAAGUUCAUACGCUUGGGGUUGAUAGAGAGAAGGAAGUCCCUGCUGUACAACUGAAUGUUAUACAGCUGCUUACUGAUAUCAGCGUUGCUGUUAAAAAGCCUGAAGUAGCAGACAUGAUUUUCCCAUUUUUUAUUGAAAGCCUAGAAGAGGGUGAUACUUCAACUCCUUGCUCUUCGCGACUCAAUCUUCUUGAUGCUGUAUCUCGGAUAGCAACAUUAGGAUUUGAGAAGUCCUACCGUGAGACUGUAGUUCUGAUGACUAGAGGUUACUUGAGCAAACGAUCGACGGAAGGAUCUGAGGAAAGCAAAACAUCAGCACUAAAAUCUAGAACCGACCACGUAGAACUCUUGCUGCAGGAUUUCUUACAGUUGCUAGUGGUCUUGAUGAAUACAAAACUGCGUGCAGACUAUCGCCAUCGGCUGCUUUCCUUAUGUUCAGAUGUAAGCCUGGCUUCUGAGUCCGAACGUGGAGGGAGCAGUGCAAACCUUUUAGGUCCUCUUCUUCCUGCUGUUGCGGAAAUAUGUUCGGACUUCGCUACUUCCUAUGUGGAACUAUCAAUUUUGAAAUUGUUCCGCAAUCUAUGGUUCUAUAUUGCCCUGUUUGGCUUAGCACCUUCUAUUCUAAGACCUCCUCUUCCGGAAGUGAAGACGACAUCUAAUUCCGUGAAAAAUGCUGGAACACUUAGUACGUUCGCUCUACAAGCUGUAGGAGGGCAUUACAUUUGGAACACUCAGUGGUCUCUUGCUGUUCAGAGGAUUUCUCAGGGCACUCCUCCCCUUGUCGUCAGUUCUGUAAAAUGGCUUGAAGACGAAUUAGAGCUCAAUGCGCUUCAUAGUUCUGAUUGUUCUCGAGGAAUUGGGAAUAAGAAAGUAGCCUCAACCCAGAGAACUGCUCUUUCAAUUGCCUUGGGUGGUCAAGUUGAUGUUUCAGCAAUGAACACUAUCUCAGGAGUGAAGGCUACCUAUCUACUUGCAGUAGCCCUUUUGGAGGUCAUACGCUUUAGUAGCAAUGGGGGUAUCCUUAAUGGUGGCUUAAGUGUGUCUCCCUCCCGAAGUGCCUUCAGCUGCGUCUUCGAGUACCUGAAAUCUCCGAACCUCACUCCUGUUGUUUCCCAGUGUUUGACAGCGAUUGUGCAUAGAGCCUUUGAAGCAGCAUUGUCAUGGCUGGAAGAUCGGAUAUCUCUUACAGGGAAAGAUGCUAGUAUUAGGGAAUCGACUAUGUACGCACAUGCAUGUUUCCUGAUAAAGAAUAUGUCACAGAGAGAUGAACACAUACGAGAUAUCUCAGUGAACCUGUUGAUUCAGAUCAGGGAUAAGUUUCCCCAGGUACUCUGGAGUUCGUCUUGUCUGGAUACUUUGCUAUUCCUUGUUCAUGACAAUACACCUUUAACGGUUGUCAACAAUCCUGCUUGGACUGCUGCCGUUCGAUCUUUAUACCAGAAAGUUGUUCGAGAAUGGAUCUUAAUAUCACUUUCAUAUGCUCCAUGCACUACUCAGGGUUUGCUUCAGGAUAAGCUGUGUAAGGCAAACACAUUGCAGCGAACACAAACUACAGCUGAUGUGGUUUCUCUUUUAACUGAGAUAAAGAUUUCAAAUGGGAAAAAUGAAAUUUGGUUUCGGUUAAAGACAGCAAAUACUCCAGCUGUGAUGGCUGCAGCAGCUGCAGCGUCUGGGCCAAAUUUAAAAGCUUCUGAAGCCUUUAACUUGGAGGUACUUGGUAGUUGUGUAGCUAAUGCAAUGUUAAAGUGCAAACUUACUAGACACAUUGCUGGCAUUGUAAUACUGGACAACAUUACUUGCAAUGACACAUUGAUUUCCAAUUCUGUGCGGCGCCUUCAACAAUUUGUUAAUACUGCUGAGAAAGGAGGAGAGACUGACAAGUCGCAAUUCCGAGAAACUUGUUCUCAUGCAACUGCAGUACUUCUGUCAAAUCUGGCUGGUGAGCCUAAAACAGAUAUCAAGGGAUUUUCUCGUUUAUUGCGUCUCCUUUGUUGGUGUCCAGCUUAUAUAUUAACUCCAGAUGCUAUGGAAGCUGGUGUAUACAUUUGGACCUGGUUGGUUUCUGCUGCUCCACAACUGGGAUCUCUUGUCCUUGCCGAACUUAUUGAUGCAUGGAUAUGGACAAGUGAUGCAAAGCAAGGACUCUUUGCAUCUGGUGUGCGUUACUAUGGCCCAGCUGCAAAAUGAAGACCCCAACUUGCCCCUGGAGAACAAGAAAGCCCACCUGAUAGUGACCCUGUUGCUCAAAUAGUCGCUCACAGACUAUGGCUUGGAUUUUUGAUAGAUCGCUUUGAGGUUGUUCGACAUGAUAGCGUGGAGCAACUCUUGUUGUUUGGUAGGCUGUUGCAACGGAGUACAAAUCUUGAUUGGUGCUUUACCCACCACCCGGCAGCGACUGGAACCUUUUUUUCUUUGAUGCUCCUUGGACUGAAGUUCUUCUCAUGCCAAAGACAGGACGCUAGGCAUAAAUUUAGACGUGGACUCCAGCUAUUGGAAGAUCGAAUCUACAGGACUUCUUUAGGCUGGUUUUCUCGUCAGCCAGAGUGGUAUGAUGUAAACAUUCCGAAUUUUUGUCAGAGUGAGGCUCAAUCUGUUUCAGCUUUUACUCAGUUUUUGUCAAACGAGCGAUCAGAUUUUAGCCAAUCUGAUUUCAAAGGAAGAGCUCUUGAAAACGGGAACUUAACUGAUUUGAUUGAUCAGCAUCAUCCUGUCUGGGGUAAAGUGGACAACUAUGCAGUGGGAAAAGAGAAGAGGAAGCAACUGCUUCUAACUCUUUGCCAACAUGAAUCUGAUAGGCUUGACGUUUGGGCACAACCAAUUGGUCCAAAGGACAGUCCAUAUCCACGGCUCAAAAUAAGCUCUGGGAAAUGAACCGAACAUGCCAAAACUGCCUUUUCAGUGGAUCCAAGGAUUGCUAUGUCAUUAGCAUCAAGAUUUCCGGCAAAUAUUGCUGUGAGAUCCGAAGUCACGCAGCUAGUUCAGGCUCUUGGGCUUCUCACACCUGCUUAUAAGGGGCAUCCACGUGUCAUGGCAUAUGUUCUAAGAGUUAUAGAGUCCUACCCUCCUGAGCGAGUGACUUUUUUCAUGCCGCAGUUAGUGCAGUCUCUGCGCUAUGAUCAACAGAGGCUAGUUGAAGGGUAUCUUCUAAGAGCUGCAAAAAGAAGCGACAUAUUUGCUCAUAUCCUCAUUUGGCAUUUGGAAGGUGAGUCUGUUCAGGAAACAGUGAAGGAUGGUGUUUACGACAAGAAUGCGACUUUCCGAGCAUUUUUGCCUGAGGUUCGGCAGCAUAUAAUAGCUAGCUUCACUCCCAACUCGUUGGAUCUAUUCAGGAGAGAGUUUGACUUCUUUGACAAGGUUACCUCUAUUUUUGGGGUAUUAUUUACUCUUCCAAAAGAAAAACGCAGAGAUGGUAUCAGGAGUGAGUUGGAGAAAAUCAAAAUGCAAGGAGAAGAGCUUUAUUUGUCAACUGCUCCUAACAAGCUCGUCAGGGGUAUUCAAGUAGACAGUGGAAUACCCUUACAAUCGGCUGCCAAAGUCCCUAUCAUGAUAACUUUUAACGUUGUUGAUCGUGAUGGUGACCACGAUGAUGUGAAACCACAGGCUUGUAUUUUCAAGGUUGGAGAUGACUGCCGUCAAGAUGUUCUUGCACUUCAAGUGAUAUCUCUUCUUAGAGACAUAUUUCAAGCGGUUGGUCUCAAUCUCUAUCUUUUUCCAUAUGGAGUACUUCCAACUGGGGCCGGGAGGGGAAUAAUUGAGGUUGUGCCAAAUACACGAAGCAGAAGUCAAAUGGGUGAAUCAGCCGAUGGCGGCUUGUAUGAGAUCUUUCAGCAAGAGUUUGGACCCGUUGGCUCACCCACCUUUGAAACGACACGGGCUAACUUCCUCAGCAGCAGCGCUGGUUAUGCCGUGGCAAGUCUCUUACUCCAGCCGAAAGAUAGGCACAACGGCAAUCUCCUCUUUGACAACAUGGGAAGGCUUGUUCACAUUGAUUUUGGUUUCAUUUUUGAAACUUCCCCCGGUGGAAACAUGCGUUUUGAGAGCGCACAUUUCAAACUGAGCCACGAAAUGACGCAGUUGCUUGAUCCAUCAAGGGAUAUGAAGAGCGAAACUUGGCGUCAGUUUGUCAGCUUGUGCGUUAAGGGUUACUUGGCUGCUCGCCGGUACAUGGAUGGGAUCAUCAGUACAGUGGAAAUGAUGGUGGAAAGUGGAUUGCCUUGCUUCAGCAGAGGAGAUCCAAUUGUGAAAAUUCGCAAGAGAUUUCAUCCCGAGAUGAAUGAGCGUGAAGCCGCUCGCUUCAUGGUCCAUGUCUGUACCGAUGCCUACAACAAAUGGACCACCUCUGCGUACGAUUUGAUACAGUAUCUGCAACAAGGCAUCGAGAAGUAAACACCGUGUAUAUGUUUAGAAUAAACCAAAGUAUGACUCAAAAUUCAAAAAAGUAUUUUCUUUCUUGUUCAUCAAUGAAAGAUGCAUAUUCUUUCAUUUAUCUUACGUUUAGAGUUGUAAAUGCAUAUUCUUUCAUUUUUCUUACGUUAGAGUUGUAAUUGGUAAACAGGUUGUAUAUAAUUU